AUUAAUGAAAGGGAAGGCUUAUCUCAUCUCAUUCCGCGGAUAUUUAAACAAAAAAAAAAAAAAAAAUCAUAGCUCAACUCUCUGAGGGUGCCGUCUUCGCAACCCUAAUAAACUCGCAAAUGAUAAAAAGAUGGGGAUUUGCAGCUCCUUUGGGCCUAGCACAGUAGCCACCGCGAAACUAAUCCUUGAAGAUGGCCGGCUCGAGGAAUUCCGCGUCCCAGUUAGGGUUUCACAGAUAUUACAAAGAAACCCUAGCUGUUUCAUUUGCAACGCAGAUGAUUUGGACUUUGAUGACCAUGUUUCAGCCAUUAAUGACGAUGAAAAGCUUGAGUUGGGUCAGCUUUACUUCGAGUUGCCAGUUAGCUGGUUGGACACUCCCAUUAAGGCUCAAGAAAUGGCAGCCUUGGCUGUCAAGGCAAGUUUGGCUGUAAAGAUGGUUGGUGGUAGAGAUGGUUGUUGUUGGUUUCGGCUGAGGAGUGUGGAUCUGGUGGAGUUGAAUACAAAGAAACCUGUGGAGGAUAGCCCAUUGAUGACAAUUGGGGGCCGCGUUGGUAGUGGUUAUAGUGGAGGACUGGUGGCAAGGAGGAGGAGGGGGGGUGGUGGCGGUGGCAGAGUAAGGAAAUUUAACAAUAAGCUGAGUGCUAUUUUAGAAGAGUGAUAAGAUUGAUACAUUUUCACAUGUGAAUUAAUUAGAGGUUUGUUAGCUAAGUUGUUUCUCUUUUCUUUGUAAAAAGUUCUGGAUCUUUUCACUUUUCUUCUUAAUUUUGUCUAUAUAUUGAAUCCAUUUGAUCUCUCCCUGCAACAUAAAA